AUAAACCAAUACUUCUCAGCUAAAACCUUUCCCCUUAAUCUCAGUCCAGGAUAGAACAACACAAGUAUGGCAGUUCGCGUCUUCCUCCUUGCAGCAGCUCUUUUGGCCGUGACUUGCUUUCAUGCCACUGCCUCCGAUCCUAGCCUUCUCCAGGACUUCUGUGUAGUCGACAAGAUGUCCAAAGUGCGUGUCAAUGGGCUCCCAUGCAAGGAUGCAAAUGAUGUAGUGGCUGAAGAUUUCUUCUUCUCGGGACUUCACAUGGCCGGCAACAGAACCAACAAGCAGGGCUCCGCCGUCACACCAGUCAAUGUUGCUCAGAUUGCAGGGUUGAACACGAUGGGCAUCUCUCUCGCUCGUAUCGAUUAUGCACCCUAUGGUCUCAACCCCCCUCACACUCAUCCACGAGGUACUGAGAUCUUGACCGUGCUUGAGGGCUCACUCUACGUUGGCUUCGUGACAUCGAACCCGGACAACAAACUGUUCACAAAGGUCAUUAACAAAGGAGAUGUAUUUGUGUUCCCUCAAGGGUUAAUCCAUUUCCAGUUCAACUAUGGAACAAAAAAUGCAGUGGCACUUGCAGCAUUGAGCAGUCAAAACCCUGGGGUGAUAACUGUGGCCAAUGCUGUAUUCGGGUCAAAGCCAUCCAUCCGUGUCGAUAUCCUUGCCAAGGCUUUUCAAGUGGACAAGAUGACUGUCGACCGCAUGCAAGCCCAGUUCUAGAUAACAUGAAAGCAUACA